ACUGUCGGUGAUUGGAGGGAAGCGCUGGGUGGGCUGCUGACCGGGGUCCCUCUCCGGGCUGGUGACGUAGGAUGAGACCCCCAAGUCGCCUCGCGCGCCUCUGCCUGGGUUGACUGACUAGCUGAGAUGGACGGGGAGGGCGGUCGCCCUGCCAAGUCUGUUCCUUUGCAUGCCAUUUUCCUAUUGCGUUUACAUUUCCGAAAAGGAGCCCUUCCCCGGGAGGAGUGUAUAGGCGCUCCCUGAACAGCUCUCUCUCUCUCUCUUGCAUUUUACUUUCUCAAGAGCAUCAUGGAAGUAACGUCAAGGGUACCGCCCACUAAAGCUAUCAAGCCCAUUGAUCGGAAAUCAAUUCACCAGAUCUGUUCGGGACAAGUGGUGCUGAAUUUAUGUACUGCAGUGAAAGAGCUGGUGGAAAAUAGCAUAGAUGCUGGGGCAACCAAUAUUGAAGUGAAGCUAAAAGAUUAUGGAGCAGAACUUAUUGAAGUUGCUGAUAACGGUCAUGGCGUAGAAGAAGAGAACUUUGGUGGCUUAACUCUGAAAUAUCAUACUUCCAAGAUACAAGAUUUCUCUGACCUUACACGUGUUGAAACAUUUGGCUUUCGGGGCGAAGCGCUGAGCUCCCUGUGUGCCUUAAGUGAUGUUUCAAUUAUUACUUGUCACAAGUCUGCAAAGGUCGGGACCCGGCUGGUGUUUGACCACAAUGGGAGAAUUACUCAAAGAGCUGCGUUUCCCCGACAGCAGGGAACAACAGUGGCCGUGCAGCAGUUGUUCUACAUGUUGCCAGUACGGCAUAAAGAGUUUCAGCGCAACAUAAAGAAGGAAUACGCAAAAAUGGUUCAAGUAUUGCAAGCGUAUUGUCUCAUUUCAACUGGAGUGCGAAUUAAUUGCACAAAUCAGGUUGGCCAAGGGAAGAAACAGCCGGUGGUGUCUACCAGCGGGGCUUCGACUUUAAAGGAGAACAUUGGCGCAGUGUUUGGGCAAAAACAGGUGCAAAGCCUGAUUCCCUUUGUCCAGCUACCUCCUAGUGAUCUCGUUUGUGAAGAAUACGGUCUGAAUCCUUCUGACAUGCCAAUGAAGUUUUAUGACAUCACAGGGUUCGUCUCCCGGUGUGAUCAUGGUGUUGGAAGAAGCUCCACGGACAGACAAUUCUUCUUUAUUAAUCAGAGACCAUGUGAUUCAGCAAAGGUUUCCAGAAUUGUGAAUGAAGUGUAUCACGUAUACAAUAGACAUCAAUAUCCAUUUGUGGCCCUGAAUAUAUGUGUAGAUUCUGAACGCGUUGACAUCAAUGUGACACCCGACAAAAGGCAAAUAUUUCUGCAGGAAGAGAAACUUCUGUUGGCGGUUCUGAAAACAUCAUUGAUGGGGAUGUUUGGGAGCGAUGCGAACAAGCUUGUCAUCAACCAGCCGUCGCCAGAUGUGGGAGGAAAUGUUCAAACAAUGCUUCAGGAUGAGGCGGGGACCUCCGUGGCAGCAACAGCCUGUGAGACGUUGUCUCAGAAUCCGAAUAGUAAAACGAAAAUGGCCGUGACGGUGGCUAAACUUAGGGAGUCAUUUUCUCUUCACCAAGUGAAAAAAGGUGCUUUUCAGAACGUGGAAAGGACCAAGUGGCCACUUGGCUCUCCUGGCCAGCAAAAGCUUCCGGCGUAUUUCAGUGCUUUGGGCUCUCCAAAUAAAAAGGCUUCUCCUUCGGAGGAAGCUGAGGGGAGACGCGAGGUGGAGUUGAGCAGGCCUGUGGCUGCUGGCGGAAAUUUCAAGGAAGCAGAAGAUGCAGAUUCUGGUUGUGGUAGUGUCUCUACAGAGUCAGAGGUGAGUAUAAGCACCACAGAAAUGGGUGGUUGUUUCAGUUCUGAAAGUGUGACUAGUUCCCCCAAUGAAGAACUCCGUGUUUUCAAAGAAGAAAUUCAGACCAGUGGUCUAGAGACCAGUGGGCCUUUCUGGGAAGCAAAAUGUGACAGUCACAGGAGAGAGCCCGACCAGUUGUUCCCUAAAGGGAAACGCUUUAAGAUCAACCAGCGUGUCUCGCAGGAGGUGAAUUUGUCAGGAACACAGAACAUUGAGGAUGCUGCAGUUUUUUCCCCGUAUGACAUUCCUGUGGAGGUUGAAAAGAGAACUGUGCCUCUGGAGUUCUCCCUCAGCGCAUUGACGGAGAGAGUGCGGAAGUUAAUUCAGCAACAGAAGAAGAAAUCUGAAACUCUGAGUUACAGAAAAUUUCGGGCAAAGAUUAGUCCAGGGGAAAAUAAAACGGCAGAGGAUGAGUUAAGAAAAGAAAUAAGGAAAGACAUGUUUGCUAAAAUGGAUGUCGUCGGCCAGUUCAAUUUAGGAUUUAUAAUAGCCAGGCUAGACGCCGACCUCUUCAUAAUUGAUCAGCAUGCCUCAGAUGAGAAAUAUAACUUUGAGCUUUUGCAAGAAAGCACGGUUCUUCAAGGGCAGAAGCUGAUUUCCCCCCAGAGUCUUAAUUUAACUGCUGUAAGUGAAAGUAUCUUGAUGGAAAAUCUGGAAAUCUUCAGGAAAAAUGGAUUUGAUUUUGUCAUUGAUGAAGAAGCUCCUGUAACCCAAAGAGUUAAGCUCAUUUCUUUGCCAACGAGCAGAAACUGGUCAUUUGGCCCACAAGAUAUUGAAGAGUUAAUCUUCAUGUUAAGUGAUUGCCCAGGAGUUAUGUGCCGGCCUUCCAGAGUAAGACAGAUGUUUGCAUCUCGAGCAUGUAGAAAGUCGGUGAUGGUUGGAACAGCACUUAACACAAAUGAGAUGAAGAAAUUAAUUACCCACAUGGGUGAAAUUGAGCAUCCUUGGAACUGUCCACAUGGAAGACCUACAAUAAGGCAUAUAGCCAAUCUGGACCUGAUCUCCCAAGAAUAAAACUCUCUUUCCACAUUUUAUUAGCAUACUGGACGGUUUAUUUCAUUGUCGAUACAACUGCUCUGUUUUAAAAUCCUGCUUCACCAUACGACUCUCUUGAUUCCACCCAACAAAAAACUGUUGUACAGCUGGUAAAGAACUUAUAUGUCGUAUAAAUUGUAGCUCUGCUGAAAGGGGCCGCAAGACCAUAGAUGUGGCUAAGCCGAUCUGCGUGUAUGCAUGAGUUAGCUGUUCCUUCCAGGCCAUGCUCAAAGCUUGGAAUCCUCAGCCUUAUGGACUUUACAAGGCAACAUCAGCACUGAUCUUUCCUAUUGUUUCAGGACAACUGAAUUGCAGUGAGGUCCUUCUGCAAGACUCUUUAGUACUUUGUGUUAAAAAAAACAAACACAUAAGAUCCAGGAAAUGUCCUUUUCUAGGGUGGCAGGGAUGGCUAACUUUUUAGGCUGCUGCCUUUUGGAGAAGAUUUAAUUUAAUUCUGUUGUAGCCCUUCUGCAUCUUGCUUGUAUGUGUGUGCUGGAGGGUUCCCCUGGGAACAAUUAUACUCCCCCCCCCAUCCUGCAAAUGAAGUAAGUGAAAAGAAGAGGUUCAGGUAGGAAGUUUGGUGACACACCUCCUCUGCAUUGUAGACAUUUGUUGUAAAAAUCUUGGAUAGGAUGAUGGGGGAUUUUAUAUCCUCUCCUUGAGUUUCCAGAAUAAGCCAGCAGCUCUCCACUGCUGAUGUCCUUUCUGCUGGUUGGGCCUGUUCCAUUUUUUAAAUUUAUUUUUUUGCUUAUUAGGGGAAAGUUCUAACAUCCUUUGUGCAGAUACAUUGCCCUGGUAACAUAACUGUUUACUUGUAUACAGAUUUUUCACACCUUGGAUGGAUGGUCACAUGUUUUUAUAUUAGCUUAUGCUUUUAAAACAUAUCUUUGUAUAUAUAAAUGUAUAUACAUAUAUA